AUGAAGUUUUUCAUAGACAAUCUUCCCAUCAUCUUUCCUUAUGACAGGAUAUAUCCUGAACAGUUUGCCUACAUGUGUGACCUUAAGAGGACGCUCGAUGCAACUGGGCACUGCGUCCUCGAGAUGCCUUCGGGAACGGGGAAGACUGUUUCGCUGUUGUCCUUGAUUGUGUCGUACCAGCAGUUUCAUGCAACCAAGCGGAAACUCAUAUACUGCUCGCGAACGGUGCCCGAAAUUGAAAAGGCUUUGACCGAGCUAAAACGCCUGAUGAAGUAUCGCGUGCAAUGUACGGAAACGCCAGAGGAGAAGCUGAAGGAGGAGAGAUUCACUGGUAUUGGCUUGACUAGUCGAAAGAACCUGUGCAUCCACCCAGAGGUCUCAAAAGAGAAGAAAGGCAAAGUUGUCGACGCUCGAUGUCGGGAUUUAACCAACACUGCUGCUUGUUCCAAGGGGCGCGCGAAUCCUGGUUCUGUUGAACUUUGUCAGUGGCACGAGAAUUUGGAGGAUUAUGAAGCAGGAAAUCUUAUUCCCUCAGGGAUAUGGACACUCGCCGAUGUCUUGCAGUAUGGGCGAGAUCAUACCACUUGUCCCUACUUCACGAUUCGAAGAAUGAUGCCCUUUGUCGACGUGAUCAUAUAUUCUUUUCAUUACUUGUUGGAUCCUAAGGUGGCUGAACAAGUUUCGAAAGAACUUUCGAAGGAUGCCAUUGUCGUAUUUGAUGAGGCACACAACAUUGACAAUGUGUGCAUAGAAUCGCUUAGCAUAGACCUCACUCGACCAAAUCUUGACUCUGCUGCGCGAAGUGUAGCUAAGCUAGGGGAAAGGAUCGAGGAGAUUAAGAAGACCGAUGCCGCUAAACUACAGGACGAAUAUGCGAAACUGGUCGAGGGUUUGCAAGAUUCCAUAACCGAGACCACUGAGGAGGAUGCAUUCAUGACGAACGCUGUGCUACCUGACGACCUGGUGAAAGAGGCAAUUCCCGGCAAUAUCCGGAAGGCAGAGCAUUUCGUCGCAUUUCUCAAGCGUUUCGUAGAGUAUCUCAAAACUCGAAUGCGUGUGUUGCAUGUUGUGGCGGAAACACCCGUUUCGUUUCUGCAACACCUCAAGGACAUUACAUACAUCGAAAGGCGACCUUUACGUUUCUGUGCGGAGCGCCUUCAAUCCCUCAUCAGGACAUUGGAUCUCAGUCGGCUCGACGAGCACUCCGCACUGCAAAAAGUCGCUAGUUUUGCCACUCUCGUAGCGAGUUACGACAAGGGUUUCCUGCUUAUACUCGAACCUUUUGAAACUGAUAAUGCAACUGUCCCAAACCCGGUCUUCCAUCUUACAUGCCUUGAUCCGUCAAUCGCGAUAAAGCCGGUGUUUGAACGCUUCAGCAGCGUCGUUAUCACGUCUGGAACGAUUUCCCCACUGGAUAUGUACCCCAAAAUGCUCCAAUUUACUCCUGUUGUCCAAGAAACGUACCCCAUGACCUUGACACGUAAUUGCUUUUUGCCACUGGUUAUUACCCGUGGCAGUGAUCAAGUUGCCAUCAGCUCGCGAUUCGAAGUGCGAAAUGACCCGGCCGUGGUCAGGAAUUUUGGUAGCAUUCUCGUUGAAUACAGCAAAAUCGUGCCCGACGGGAUUGUCGCGUUCUUCCCUAGUUAUUUAUAUAUGGAAUCGAUAGUUGCAGCGUGGAACGAUAUGGGGAUUUUGAACGAAGUGUGGAAAAACAAACUUAUUUUCGUGGAGACACCAGACGCGAACGAAACGAGUAUAGCACUCGAGAAUUACCGCCGGGCAUGCGACAACGGCCGAGGUGCCGUCCUAUUGUCCGUCGCGCGUGGCAAGGUGUCCGAAGGAAUCGACUUCGAUCACAAUUAUGGUCGAGCAGUCAUUAUGUUUGGCGUUCCUUACCAAUAUACUGAGAGCCGCAUUCUAAAGGCGCGGCUUGAGUACUUGCGAGACGCUUACCGGAUACGAGAGUCAGAGUUCCUCGGCUUCGACGCUAUGCGGAAUGCCGCCCAGUGUGUUGGGCGUGUACUGCGGGGGAAAACCGACUGGGGAUUGAUGGUUUUCGCUGACAAGCGGUUCGCCAGGGCGGACAAGCGGGCAAAGUUACCUCGGUGGAUAAAUCAGUACAUUACGGAGGUGGCAUCUAAUCUGUCAACGGAUAUGGCAGUGACUCUGUCAAAAUUAUUUAUGCGGACGAUUUCACAGAAUCCAAACGAAAACCAAACAGGUGUGUCGCUGUGGACGCUGGAAGAUGUGGAGAAGGCACAGGCGAAACAGAAAGAGCAAGCGAUGAUAUCGACGCAACAAGAAGUACAUAAGAGUGAUGAAGAUAUGGAAGAGUAUGGGGAUGGCGGGAUCGACGACGACAUGCUAGUCGAUCUCGAUGUAUGA